UUGUACUUUGUAAUUAAAUCACUUAUUUUACCAUAAAAUGUACGGCGCAACCAAACAAAUAUUAUUUAUGUGGGAAAAUUGAAAAGAAAACCGCAAUUUAGCAAAUUUUGGAAGAUUUUGUUUUUCACGCUGUACACUUUCCGGUGUUUUGACCACAGACUUCUGGGAAAUAGAUGGUUAUCUGAUACAUCUACAUAAAGGAGUUUUGUGGAACUUGUAAAACGCCCUUUAAACCAACAGCUGCUUUUUUUUUUUUUUUUUUUUUAAAUAAGUAGCAAGUCAUAUAUGUACUCAAAGCAUUGAUGAAUUUAACACAAGAGGAGCCGCACUGAAAGAAAGUUCUCCGUUGUAUGGAUCUGGUCUGUGGACCCAUACCAAGCUGCUGCAUGUCACUGGUUUUAUAUAGAGAGAGAUGAGACUUAUAGUUCUCUUAUUUUUGAUCUUCUGUGGAUGCUUCUCACAGGAAGAUAUAGGUAGAAAUAUCAUCCUGUUUCCCAGGCAGACAUCUACUGACCAUGUGAUUCUGAAGCCAAUUGGGGAGAAACUCUUGGAACAACUGACUGUUUGUCUACGAUCCUACACUGAGCUCAUCCGGGUUCAUUCCCUGUUCUCUUUAGCCACACCUGGAAAGGACAACGCUUUCCUUAUUUUUCAAGAAGCUCCAAACUUGUGUUCUGUUCACAUAAAUCAAGAAGAAAUUGCAUUCAAGGUUGAUCCCGGGGUUCUAGACUGGAAACACACUUGUGUCACUUGGGACUCCGUUACAGGACUACUCCAACUUUGGAUUAAUGGCAAACGCUACCCUAGAAGAGUUACUACAAGCAGAUCUCCCAUUGGUCCUCAGAUGAGUAUCAUCCUCGGACAGGAGCAGGAUAAUUUGGGUGGUGGGUUUGAUGCGGGUCAGUCUUUUUUAGGGGAAAUAUGUGAUGUCAAUAUGUGGGAUUAUGUCCUUCCCCCUGAAGCUAUAACACAAUAUUUUUAUUUCAACCAUAAUGUUAAUAUGAAAAACAGUGGAUGGAUAAAUGGGACCUAUAUAAGCAAAGGAAAUGUCAUUGUUCUGAAAAAUGAAUUCUGCUCUUUUUAUUCUACAUGAUCACCUGAAGAAAAUACAAGCUUCUAUGUAUAGUCUCAAUUGUAGCUAAUGAAUAAAUGCUAAAUA